AUGGCCGGGGCCAGCGGCGGGGGGGACCCGCUGGCUUUGGAGGAGCCUCCCCUACCCAGGCCCUCGCAGCUGGAGAGCUGCUUAGGCGACCAGGACAGGCUCGCGCAGAUUCAUUUUAAAAUUUUGAGAGGGCACUGUGAUACUGUGAGCUCCUGCCAUUUCUGCUUUGAAGAUACAAAAAUUCUUUCUUGCUCUUAUGACAGAACAGUGAAACUCUGGGAUGUUGAAAAAGGUGUUUCUGUUCAAGUCUUUGAAGAAGAACACACAGCUCCCAUUUCUGAGUGCAGCUUGACUCCUGAUAAUAAAAGAGUUGUAACAUCAUCAUAUGAUAAAACAGUAAAGGCUUGGGAUAUGGAAACAGGGAAAAUGCUUUGGACUGUAGACCAAGAAGGCCUUGUAACUUCAUGUAAUAUUUCAUGUGAUGGUAAAUAUGUGGUAUCUGGCUUGGACAUGGAAAAUGCUAUAUGUGUUACUGAUGCAGUAAAUGCCACAAUGGUGGCAUAUGUCCAAGGUCAUCACAGAAGCACAAUCACAAAAUGUUGUUUUGACCCUGAUAAUGAGAGAGUCUCUUCAGUAUCAUCUGAUAAGACCAUCAAGCUUUGGGAUAUUAUAGCACAAUCCACCACUAUCACAAUUGAUGAGGCACACACCAAUGUCAUCUCAGACUGCUGCUUCACCAUAGAUGGUCAUUACUUGUGCACAGCAUCUUGGGACAAAACCUUAAAAAUAUGGGAUAUAAAAACAGGAGAGUUUCGUUAUCAUGGACCUAUUUGCUUGAACCAAGGUCAUGAAGGUUCUGUUAGUUCCUGUGUUUUUAGCAAAGAUGCAUCUCUUGUAGUGUCUGGAGCAUAUGACAAAACUAUAGCUCUGUGGGAUGCAGGAGCCGGAUAUAAAAAGCUAGCGUUAAAGGGCCAUGGAGACUGGGUGAUGGAUGUUGCAGUUAGCAACAACAAGAAAUGGAUCCUUUCUUCCUCAAAGGAUGCUACUUUGAGAUUAUGGAACAUUGAAAAGGCUGAUCAUGUUCCUGCGGCAAUAGAAAGCAGAAAUACAAGAGGCUCAAAAAUAGCUCAAUGUGAAGAAUGUGAAAAACCUUUCUCACUCCUACAGUGUGAUGACUCUGAAGCGGUAACCAAGUGUGUAUUCUGUCGACUGGCUUCUCCUUCGAGAAAUAUUUUGCCAUUACCACCUAUUGUAGCGCCUGAUCUCUAAAUUCUUCCCAACAGACUAUUUGUGCAAAUACAGCUGAGUUUUUAAGCAUAUGCCUAUACAUAAUUGUGAUUAUCAGUAUAUUAUAUUGCAUAUACCUACAGAGGC